UACGUACAUAUACGCUAUCGUUAUAACAUUUAAGGCUAUCAAUAUUGAUAUUUUUCAAUUUCGUGACUACUGUUAUUGAAAUAUUAUAGUCAACUGAAAAUCGCAAUGAUAGACAGACACGGUUUGGUUCUACUGUCAUUAUGUUUGGGACUAAAUGCUUUUCUAAUAGACUAUUCUUUCGAUCAAAUAUGGCUAGGGCUUACAUCAAAAUUUAAAAGCAAAUGUGCGUCGGUAGGAGGACCCCAGGCUUAUUCCGAUUUACAGGUGGCUGUACGUGAUCUAAAUGGAUGUGCACCUAUUGAAUUCAACAAACCCGAUACGAUAUGUACAGAACAACGGGGCAAAAGCUACAAGUGUUACGAGGACUUCUUUGAGAAGUUCCAAAAGUGUAUAGAUCCACAAGAAGUGUAUAUAAAGAAUCUAGUUCUCUUUGCUCACAACAUCACGUUCGACAAUAAUUGCAGAGACGAGGGGAAUGACUUAUUGGUGAAGAGAUCUAAGUUUCAAAAGAGUUCAUGCCACAAACAUGGAGGGGAAAUCUUCAGAGUAUUUGUAAAGACGUGCGCCCAAGAGCUGAGUAUAGUACGGAAUCUUUACAAACGCGAUGACGUCAUUACGGAAACGGACCUUUGCAAUGAUAUUGAAUCGUUGGCUAAAUGUGAUAUUAACGUGUCCAGAUUUUGCGAGGAUUACGAUGAUUUCCAAAAUUUCUUGCAGAUCGUAUUUGGUUCAUACCAGGAAGCAUGCGUUUAUAAUUUAGAAGAAAAGAAGGCUAUACAAGAGUUAACUAAGAAAUUAUCUGUCAACAUGUAGUAAUCAAAAACAUCCUUUUAAUAUCUAAUAUACAUAUACAAAUUAAUAAUA